AUGACUGGAGCGCUGCCUACUGGACUCAUUCUCUUCUCCUUUAUGGUUGUAUGUGAGAGUGAGCCAACACAUACUGGACCAGACAGAGUGGGGGGAUCACAUGGACAGUCCGAACUGGUCCAUCUGACGUCUCAUUCGGCCUUCCAGCUGUUCAAUGACUCGCUUGCCUUUACCAGAGCAGAGAGUUUUUGCAGAGGCCAGUUCAGCUCCCUCGCCAACCUGGACCAGACAGAGGACCGGGAAGGGACCUUAGAGCUGCUACAACAGACUGGGCUUACUUUAGCUAUUUGGGUUAGGGACCCCAGUAAAGUAGCCUCCAAGCCUGUGGCCCUAGCCAAGCAGUAUGUGCAGUUCUCAGCUCUAAACUUCACAAAGGAAUCCCGUGAGGGCUUUGCUCGUGUCAACAUGUCCUUCCCUGCCCUUUCAUCUGUCAGUGUGUGUGUUCGAGUUCAGUGGGACCCAGACUGGAAUGAGGUGUCCACCAUCUUCUCCUAUGCUGCACCUGUCUUUACCAAUGAGUUCCAGCUACGAGGCCAAGCAGACAUGCAGGAACGCAUCCUCCUGGCGCUAAUCAUCCAUGGGAAGCACCUGCCGUAUAAGGCAUCCUUCCCCAAUGACGGUGCGUGGCAUCACAUUUGUGUUACAUGGCGCCGCAGCAUUGGCCAAUGGGCUAUCUAUGUGGACGGUAUCAGGAAGGACAUGGGAUCAGGAACAGACACUUCUAGGGAUAUCCAUGGAGACGGGAUACUCAUUCUGGGACAGGACCAAGACUCCUUUGGAGGGAAUUUUACGGAGCCUUUUUUUGGAGCUAUCACUGACCUGAAUGUUUGGAAUAUGUAUCUGGAAACAAGAUAUGCCACUGCCCUCAAUGCGUGUUCACUCAUGAGCCAGGAAGUGCUGUUCAGUUGGAAUCCACACUACCUUACCAGCCACCCAGUGGUCAAAGAGGUGCAGGCCCUUCUGUUUUGCCCAGCUGUAGACCAGCAGAUGGAGCUGCAGGGCUGCAGGACGCUGCAGCGCUGGUCAGAUCAGCCCCCACUGUUUGGCUUGACAGACUGCUUGGAACGACUGCCAUUCAUCUGCAGGAGCAGCAGAGAGCGUUACCUAAAAAUGAAGCAGAUGAGUAGGUCUCAGCCUUCUGCCUUUCUGAACCAUCUGAUGAAGAUUUCCAACAAAACCCAGCCCGUGCUGGAGCAGCAACCAUCAGGGCUGAGCAGCCUGGCCCAGGCAUCCGACCUCCUGGAAAUCUCUGUCCAAGCUUUGGAGGACACUCAGCAGGAGGGACUGCAGCCAACAGACAUAGUGUCCCUCAUUCAGCUACUCUCUCUGGCUGCUGACAUCCCCUCACAGCCGUCUGCUGCUGCCACCAGCCCCAGACAGGACAGCAUCCAGGAGCUCAGCCAGCACUUCAUCAGCGUGGCAGACAGCAUCAUUAAUGAAGAAAACGCACUAAAGUGGCAGGCCAUCAGAGAGGUGGUGAAUGGCCCCAUGGAUGUGGUCAAGAGUAUUGACCGGAUGGUGACCAGCCUGAGCCCUCACUUGAUGGCAGAUACUGAUCACCUGACCAUUUACCGCCCCAAUAUCAAAGUGGAGGUGCAGCAGCAGUCACUGCAGGAAGGAUUCAGAGGAUCAAUCUUCUGUGGGCCUGAGACAGAGAAGCACACCAACCUAGACUGUAUUUCAGUCCCACUUCAGAACAUACAGGAUCUCCAUAACAACGGCUUCACUAAGCUCACGUUGGUCAAUACGUGGUAUGGCUCUCUGCGGCCUCUUUUCAGUGCUGAGGAGAACAUCACUAUGGUUCCGACGGUCACGGAUGGCAGCCAGAGGUAUUUGGGCACUGUCUUGGGCUCCUCUGUCAUCUCCACCACAGCGCUGGGAGAUGACCAGCCGGUUAGCAUGGCAGUUCACUUCCAGCUCCGGCACAGAGUACAGAAUCCCACUGGUACUGUGUAUGAUCCAGUGUGUGCAUUCUGGGAUUUUGAUCUCAGUCCGGAGGCUGGUGGGUGGUGGAAUACCAAAGGCUGUGAGGUAGUGUCCAAAGAAUAUGGAUACACUGUGUGCCAUUGCAACCAUACCACAAAUUUUGCAUUGCUGCUGCAGGUUUAUGAAACCCAGAGGAGCCCGGAGAACGAAAACGCUCUGCAGGUGUUGACGUUCAUCGGCUGUGGAGUGUCUCUGUGUGGCCUCCUCUUCACCUUCAUCCUCUUCAUCGCUGUGGGUGUCCCUAAAUCAGACCGUACCACUGUGCAUAAGAACCUGAUAGUUUCUCUGGGCAUCGCGGAGCUGCUGUUGAUGUGCAGUGACUGGGCGUCUGCAAAUGAGGAAGCGUGCUUCAUGGUGACUGCACUCCUUCACCUCUUCUUCAUGGCGUCCUUCUCCUGGAUGCUUGUGGAGGGCCUGCUGCUCUGGAGCAAAGUAGUGUCAGUCAACAUCAGUGAGGACCGCAGGAUGAAGCUCUACUACAUCAUUGGCUGGGGAUUGCCUGUUCUAAUAGUUGGUGUAACACUGGCAGUAUCAGUGGACAAAUACAAGGCAGAUGAUCACUGCUGGCUCAAUGUGAAGACUGACACCAUCUGGGCCUUUGUGGGACCUGUAAUAUUUGUCUUGGCGGUCAAUGCAGUUGUGCUGUGUCGGGUUGUCAUGGUGACAGUUUCCAGUGCUCAUCGUCGUGCUAAGAUGCUCAGUCCAAGCUCAGCAUCAAAGUUGCAGACCUUUGACCUCACCUGGGCUGUGACACGUCCAGUUCUCAUCCUGCUGCCCGUGCUGGGUCUGACCUGGCUGUGUGGGGUGCUGGUCCAUCUGUCUGUUGUAGUCGCCUAUGUCUUCAUCGCCCUUAAUGCCUUCCAGGGCCUGUACAUCUUCUUAGUGUAUGCUGUUUACAACAGUGAGGUGAGGAAUGCCAUCAAGAGGAUCAAAGAAAAGAGAAAGGCCUUAUCUUUCACGAACUGUUCCCAGCCAACCAGCUUCCUGCCAUCCCAAAGGGCCCCAAUUACCUCCUGGUGCCGCAGUCAACCUGCCCCCUCCAGUCCUGAGACCAGUGAGACCUCUGGACCCCCCAGUUCCAUGUCCACAUCAUUGGUCAUCAAGAACGAGAGUUUCAGAACUGACAGCUUUGUGAGUUUCUCUCUAAAACCAGCAUCAGGAGACCAAGUGGUCCAGCUGACUGCAUUCAAACCAUCAGGUUGUUGAACUGCAAAUGGAGCGGACCCUGAUACUCACUUACUAUAAACAUGCAUCAUCCUGAAAGAAGGGGAGAGUGGACCCACACAUCCACAGGCACCACCUGAUGAAGAGCCUGCCCAACACACACACUGGAGGUUGUGAGAGAGAAGCAGCGUGAAGUAGAGAUACACCUCACUGCUCUGAGGUCAGAUCAAUAUUCUGAUCUGACCACUUAUUUUUCUCUCACUGUUUGUAAAAUAAACUCUAAUCACUGAGGAAGAUUUACAGUGAUUCCACAAACUUAAAAAUACAGAUUGCCCAAAUUCAAAGUCAGUUUUGAGAAUACUAUUUUAUUCUCCACAAACAUGAUUUUGAACAGACUUUAUAUGAUAUGAUAUAGUAAUUAAAACUGUAGACGGUAGUUUUUCAUAAUCAUGUUAAAGACACGUUGCUGUUGCUGUUAGCUGUGGUAGAAGCACAUCCACCUGAAAACUAAAUAAAACUAAGCCACUGUAUUUUCUUGACUACAUGGUGAAUUUUUCAGUAUUAUUCAUUAAAUGUUAUUUAGAACAGUGCUUGCUCGCCUGCUCCCAAAGGCCCACAAAUAUGUACCUCAACAACACUGGGCCUCAUUCUUCUUUAUUUCUGCUUUCAAACUUGGGGCCCAACAUUUUCUCCUAUAGAAUAGUCCUUUGUUUUUUAGUUUUUUCUUGCUGUAAAGUGUGUUGUCAGUCUUACUGUACUGUAAAUAGAAGAUAUAAUAAAGUUUUAGAUUAUAUCCUUACAGCUCAACAGGCUUUGGGCUGUAAAACAACAACCAGAUAGUGAGAGUUUGACACAUCCCAGAGAUGUUCAAACGACGUGAGAACCAGUCUGCUUUUUCUAUAUUAUGAAAAGCAGCACCCAUCUUGGCUUUGCUCUCUCGUCCGUACAGCAGAGAUCACUGUACACUGAGAAAGUCUGUGGAUAUCCCAGAGGUGUGUGUAGGUGUGUGUUUCUGCUUGUCUGUCUGUUUGUUUGUGUGCGUGUGCCUGUGUGUGUGUGUGUGUGUGUUGUUUGUGUGUCCAUAUGUGAAAAAAAAUAGCAGAUGUUUGUGGUUAUACAUGAUGAUUUUUGAUGAUAAUGUUUUGAAGUCAGACAAGGCUAAACAACAGCCGCACUGUUCAAUUCAGGAAUGUUGGUCCUUUUAUCCCGCCUCGCUGGUCCUUAUAAAUGAUUCUGACAUGGAAUGGUGUGGGGGGGGGUUCCACCUUGAUUCUGGAGGUAGAGGUACUUCACAGCCGGAGAAUAUAAGAAGUGGGACUGACAUAGUGGGACAGGACACUGUACAUCUUCCAUCACAUAGUGGUUCAUUGUAAAAAAACAGAGGAAGCACAACGAGGGAUCUUCUUAGCGCUGGUGUUAUGGGACCUCUGUAUAAAAGGGGCCAGUGACUGAAUAGAAUAUCCUUUUGUACACAGUAUAUGAGCUCUGUAUCAUUUGUGCACAAUAUGAUGAAUGUCAUGCAAUGAUAGUCGACACAAGCGGAGCUUUUCUUCAUUGAAUUUUAUUUUAUUGUUAUGAU